ACCGAGCGGGGCGGAAGGGGGCGUCUGAGCGCAGAGGGUAGCGGGAGCCUUUUGGACCCUGCCGCUCUGCUAACGGACGUAGGAAGCUCUCCGCCAAGCCUCCGUUGAAUAUCGGCCUCGGAGUUAAAUCCGCUGCCCGUAUCUCUCGAGCAAUUUUCUCCAGACUCAUCGUCUCCCGGAGUUUGAGUCGAAGGGUUUACAGCGCUUCACAGCUGCGCUUAUAUUUGUAUGUCGCUAGCCAUUCUGAAACGGGACCCUUCCCUUGAUAUUUUCACUUCUCGUGUGCAAGUGUGUGCCCUGAUUUCAUCUGACACGUUAGAAGGCAUUUUACGUGCGUUCGGUGCUUCAUUUAUUUAUUGAGUGUCUACCGCGUGGAGGAAGUGGUAUGGCCCCUGCCUUAGUGGACCUCUAAGCCUAGUGAGACAGACGGAUGUUAAACAAAAUGGACACACGAGCGAGUGUGAGAUGGCAACAGCGAUCAGCUUUGAAAUUCAAAAACAAUGGAGAAGACUCAAGAAACAGUCCAAAGAAUUCUUCUAGAACCUUACAAGUACUUACUUCAAUUACCAGGUAAACAAGUGAGAACCAAACUUUCACAGGCAUUUAAUCAUUGGCUAAAAGUUCCAGGAGAAAAACUACAGAUUAUCAUUGAAGUGACGGAAAUGUUGCAUAAUGCCAGUUUACUCAUCGAUGAUAUUGAAGACAACUCAAAACUCCGACGUGGCUUUCCAGUGGCACAUAGCAUCUAUGGAAUCCCAUCUGUCAUCAAUUCUGCCAAUUACGUAUACUUCCUUGGCCUACAGAAAGUCUUAACCCUUGAUCAGCCAGAUGCAGUCAAGCUUUUUACCCGCCAACUUUUGGAACUGCACGAGGGACAAGGCCUAGACAUUUAUUGGCGGGAUAACUACGUUUGUCCCACAGAAGAGGAGUAUAAAGCCAUGGUGCUGCAAAAGACGGGUGGACUCUUUGGGUUAGCAGUAGGUCUCAUGCAGUUGUUCUCUGAUUACAAAGAAGAUUUAAAGCCACUACUUGAUACACUUGGGCUCUUUUUCCAAAUUAGGGAUGAUUAUGCUAAUCUACACUCCAAAGAGUAUAGCGAAAAUAAAAGCUUUUGUGAAGAUCUAACAGAGGGAAAGUUCUCAUUCCCUACUAUUCAUGCUAUUUGGUCCAGGCCUGAAAGCACCCAGGUGCAGAAUAUCUUGCGCCAGAGAACUGAAAACAUAGAUAUUAAAAAAUACUGUGUACAUUAUCUUGAGGACGUAGGUUCUUUUGAAUAUACUCGGAAUACCCUGAAAGAGCUUGAGUCUAAAGCCUAUAAACAAAUUGAUGCGCUUGGUGGGAACCCGGAGCUAGUAGCUCUAAUAAAGCACUUAAGUAAAAUGUUCAAAGAUGAGAACGAAUAAUAUUAAGCCAUUCUUGAUUAGGCCUAAUAGCUUAUUUUAGUAAUUUUUUCGUCUUUUUAUUUAUCAUCUUCUUUAAAAUUUGGCCCAAGCUGUUUGUCUCCAAAAUGAGUGAACAGGAGUGAUACUGUUUCAGUUUAGAACCAUUCUAUCCAGGUAAUUAUCAUAGUACAAAGUUAAAGGGGUCAAAAGGAGCGGCAUUUAAACAGGUCUGAUUUGAAUGUCACAUUGUGUUCUGUUGGGUCCUGUGGCCUACUCUGCCAUGAAUGUUUGGUUGAUUCUGUCAAUAAAGAAGA